GAAAAGAGUGCGCAUGUCAUUAAAGUUUGUAAGCGUUGUGGACGUGUUGUUUAAAGACUUUUGUGAAGUUAUUAUUUUAUAAUUUUAAGUAAGACAUUUAAUUAUUUAAGUAUUGAAAAUGUCGACGACCGGUAAAAUUCCUCCGAUAACUAUGAGCAAACUUUACGUGGGUAAUUUACCAACCGAAACCAGUGAAAAUUCACUCCGGCAACUGUUUGAAGAACAGAAUUUAUCUUAUACGAGUAUUUUAGUUAAACGUGGAGGAUAUGCUUUUGUUGAUUGUCCCGACCAAUCUUCUGCAGAUAGAGCAAUUGACAAGUUAAAUGGUUUUACUUUUAAUGGCGUGGCGUUAGUGGUAGAACCGUCGGUGGCAUCAGGAAAGAAAAAGUCAAUUUCUGGAUAUCCCGAUACACCCCCAAUGCAAGUUGGGAAUGGCUGGAUUCAAACUUCGAAAAUUAUAAUAUCAAAUUUGGGUCCACAAGUACGGUUCGAGGACAUCGAACACCUCCUAAACGAACAUGGACGUGUAGUUUCAUGUGACAAAUUGACAUCGAAAGAUCCAACCACACAAACCGUCGCCGUUACAUAUGAUACUACGGAGCAAGCUCAACAGGCUGUAAAUCAGCUAAAUGGAAUCGACGUAGAAGGUAAAACAUUGAAAGUAGAAUUGGCUGUGGAAAAACGGGGGAAAAGAGGUCCGAGAGGUCCAGGAGCCCCCUUCGGAGGCUUACCUGGACAAAGCAGACAAACUGAUUUCCCUUUGAGGAUACUUGUACAAAGUGAUAUGGUAGGCGCUAUAAUUGGUAGGCAGGGUUCAACUAUAAGACAAAUAACUCAACAGACGAGGGCACGAGUGGAUGUUCAUAGGAAAGACAAUGUAGGAUCUUUAGAAAAAGCUAUUACAAUUUAUGGUAAUCCAGAAAAUUGUACUAAUGCUUGUAAGAGAAUUUUGGAGGUCAUGCAACAAGAGGCCAACAAUACAAAUAAGGGAGAAAUAUCAUUGAAGAUACUGGCUCAUAAUAAUCUCAUAGGAAGGAUCAUCGGAAAGGGCGGCAACACCAUCAAAAGGAUAAUGCAAGAUACCGACACCAAAAUCACUGUCUCUAGUAUUAACGACAUCAAUUCUUUCAAUUUAGAACGUAUUAUAACAGUGAAAGGUACUAUAGAAAAUAUGAGCAAAGCCGAAUCGCAAAUCAGUUCGAAAUUGAGACAGAGCUACGAGAACGACCUACAGGCUAUGGCGCCGCAAACGAUGAUGUUCCCUGGGCUACAUCCGAUGGCGAUGAUGGCCACUGCAGGCAUUGGCUAUGGUUCAAGAGGACUUUAUACAGGUCAAGCUCCUUAUCCCGGUAUGUACCCCGCAGGAAGCCAAUCUGGCGGCGAUUCUCAAGAAACGACGUACUUGUACAUCCCCAACAACGCGGUCGGUGCCAUCAUCGGUACCAAGGGUUCGCACAUUAGAAAUAUCAUCCGAUUCUCGGGCGCUUCCGUGAAGAUCGCUCCCAUCGACGAGACCAAGCCGCAAGAAACCCAGAACGAAAGGAGAGUCACCAUCGUUGGAUCUCCCGAGGCACAAUGGAAAGCGCAGUACCUGAUUUUCGAAAAAAUGAGAGAAGAAGGCUUCGUAGCUGGAUCGGACGAUGUACGAUUGACUGUAGAAAUUAUGGUGCCCAGUUCGCAAGUCGGUAGAAUUAUCGGUAAAGGCGGUCAAAAUGUAAGGGAACUCCAACGCGUUACUGGUAGCGUAAUUAAACUACCCGAGCAGGGAACAUCUCCACAGGACGAUGAAACAACCGUUCAUAUCAUAGGUCCAUUCUUUAGUGUCCAGUCUGCACAACGACGUAUCCGAGCUAUGGUCCUUCAGUCCGUCGCGCCUCCUCAAGGUAGACAGCGACAACCGAGGCAGCAAAAGGAAACCAGCCAAUCGGAAGCUACCUCGUCCGAGCCACAACAGUAGUAAUAACUAGAGCAACAUUCAUACACACUGCCUGUGCAUGGGUUUCUGCAUACCCUAUUGUACAAGAAAACGUCUCGAUGCCUUCCACUUCAUUUUCCAACGCCGUAUGAUACAAGUCGUACGCGUCAGUGAAGUUCCAAGUUGCGCGUUGAGUUUUUAUUUUCUCUAUUUUUUUUCUCGUUUUUUCUGUUUACGUUUAUUAGUUAUAUAGUUCAGUUAACAUAAUAGAUACGAGUCAAUUUUUUUUUUGGAACAUUUCGCUAUUAGUAAAUAAUAUUUAUGUUAAUUAGUGAAGUUUUUUUUGUUAUAUACUUAUGUUUGUUAUUAAAUAAUUGUUCCUAUUUCAUUAAAUAAUCAAUAUUCAACAGUUACAGUAUGUGUAUGUUUCAAAAUGAACUAAUGGCGAAAACCGGUAAAAAAAAAUUGACCAGUACAUUUCUGCUUAGUGGAAAGUUUUGAGAACUCUCCUGGAAUAAGGUAUGCGUCGAACUACGUGCCUGAUAAACUACAAUCUACCUCAAAUAAUCAAAAUAUAUUAGAUUUUAUAGCCACUGAAAUUUCCGUUAUUUACACACAACCGAAUGAAUAGUGACACACACUAUAUGUUUUUUUUUAUUACACGUAACGUGUAUUUACCAAAGAAACCAUAAGGUACGCGACUCAAGGCAAUGCCGUCGUGUUCCAGCUUCUCCGAUGUUCGACGAUCAACCAGUCACAGUUACAGUUAUUCGGAACGUUCUUUUUUU